UGCAUCGUAUUCGUCAGUCUCGGUCGUCUCGCUAUCGCGUUUUUCCGCUAGCCGUCCUGACGUGUCGUGUACUUCCGUCAGUAGAUCAUUUGCGUCCGGCCCGUUGUCACAGUUUAUUCGCACGCCGCACCGCAUUUGCGUUUUGUGCGCGCGCGCCCCCGUCUGCUCUAAAGUUUUAAAUCUGAUGGAUAUACAUAUAUUUUACUGCAAGCUGUUGUCCAACUGUGUGUGCGCGCCUGCUGGUGGUUUGUUCGUUUUGCGCGCGCGCGUACUGCGUUAAAAUCGUAUACUAUCUAUAAUAUUAUAGUUAUUAUUAUUACUAUUAUUAUUUUAUAUCGCUCGAGGAGUGUAUGCGCUAGUGCGUUUAUCCAGUGCGCGCCGACAAAAUUCACUUUUUUCGUUUCCCUCCCUUCCCCCGUUUUGAUUUGCCGCAUUGUAGCGGGUUCAAUCGCGCCUCUGUAGUGAAAAUACGAUGCAGUCGGUCGAUUGGUGUGGCCCACAGUAGUGGUAAAUCCCUCGGAAAAUCUCUAUCCACCCAACAAUCUUCUAGGAUACGGUAAGAGUCUGCCAAAUUAAUACAGUUGUGGUUCUGCUGCCCAUCCAUCGAACGUCCACUGCACUUGGCCACGUAUCGAUCGCGCGUCAGCCGAACAACGACGGUAAUGCCGCCGCCGAACUCCUAUAUUCGUCCGGGUGUGACCGCUGUAACUGUUACGGUUGUGCGUGGAGUGAGAACAACAGUCACGGUCGCGGCGGCAGAUUAAGCUUGCUGAGCGAUGCCGGCCAGUGGCCGUGGACCGGACCCGACGGCUGCCGCGGUAGCAGCAGCAACAGCCGUCGCGGUCAAGAAGACUUCGCUGGAGAGCGGUGACGAUUCGGAAGAGGAAAGCGAAAUCCUGGAGGAGAGCCCCUGUGGACGGUGGCUGAAAAGACGUGAAGUGGUGGAGCAACGAGAUGUUCCUGGAAUCGAUUGCGCGUACUUGGCCAUGGACACUGAAGAGGGGGUGGAGGUGGUGUGGAACGAGGUGCAGUUCUCGGAGCGCAAAAACUACAAGGCCCAAGAAGACAAGAUCCGGCAAGUGUUUGAAAGCCUCACUCAACUCCAGCAUCCCAACAUCGUGAACUUCCAUCGGUAUUGGACGGACACGCACAACGACAAACCACGCGUCAUAUUCAUUACAGAAUACAUGUCUUCUGGCUCGUUGAAACAGUUCCUAAAACGUACCAAACGCAACGUGAAGAAGAUUUCACUGACAGCGUGGAAACGAUGGUGCACGCAAAUCCUAUCGGCCCUAAGUUACUUGCAUUCAUGUUCACCGCCCAUCAUCCAUGGGAAUCUGACCUGUGACACGAUAUUUAUCCAACACAAUGGACUCGUGAAAAUAGGAUCAGUUGCUCCGGACACCAUUCACGUGCACAUCAAGACUUGCCGGGAAAACAUGAAAAACAUGCAUUUUAUUGCGCCAGAAUGCGGAAAUUUUGUGACACCCGCCAUUGACAUUUACGCGUUUGGCAUGUGCGCAUUGGAAAUGGCCACACUAGAGAUACAGGGUAAUGGCGACAGUGGCACGCUCGUCACGCAGGACCACAUUAAUCACACGAUUGAGUCGCUAGACGAUCCACUACAAAAGGACCUGAUCUACCAGUGUCUGACGGCCGAUUUUGAGAAACGUCCGUCGGCACGAACGUUACUCUUCCACCCCAUACUGUUUGAGGUGCACGCGUUGAAAUUACUCGCGGCACACGCUUUGGUCAAGACUGAACAUUUUGCCGACAGACUGUCUGAUGAGUUAUACUCUCAAGAAAAAGUAAUUGCUGAAAUUGUGCAUGUCGACGACGAUACUCGAUCGGUCCAAUUCAAAAUGUCCGAUGUCCCAGAGAGCAACAAGCUCGAAAAAUUCGUUGAAGACGUCAGGUUUGGCAUUUACCCAUUGACUGCUUACGCCCUGGAAGCCGGACCUGUGCGACUUACUACGUACCAGCCUCAGAGUCCGACCGGUUCCAUGGAUCAAUCCAUUCCAUCGGAUAGGAGCAGUUGUGGGCCGAUCGACGUCGAAGUCAGACGUAUCGUUAACACGAUGUGCAACAUCAAACCACGAGACGAUGCUCAAAACGACUUUAUGAUGACAAUUCUACUUCGGAUGGACGACAAAAUGAAUCGUCAAUUAACGUGUUCCAUAACAGAGGCGGACACUGCGUUGUCUCUCUCCCAAGAGUUAGUGCACUUCGGCUUCAUCAACGAAUCGGACAAAGAUAAGAUAUACGUGAUCAUUGAAGAGACACUAUCCGAAGGUCCUCACUACAAGGAAGACGACGAUCCAUCAUUAAUACCGGUGGACGUGGAAUCAUCGCCGCCGUUGCAGAAACGAUCGUCAGUAGUUGCUACCCCAUCAUCAUCGUCCAGGCCCAGCGUCAUACGGUCGCCAGUAAAACGCGACGGCAGUUAAUGAUAGCUACGUGGCCAACGCGAGUUGGUCACUCGGUUUCGUCCAACCCAUUGCCCGUCGACGACAACCCCGCGGCAACGGACCGCGUACCGUUUAUAUUCGCUUCUUCCAAGUUUAAAAAGUAUAAAAAACACAUUACAGUGCGUCAUCGUUACGAUAACGUCGACUAUAUUUCCUUCUACCGGUCAUCUACGUCAAUUCAAAUCAAAUAAAACGUAUGAAAAACAAAAGCGAAUUCAAUAAAAACGACCUCUUCUUACAUAUUAUACGUCAUACU